AUGGGAAAGGUUGUGCAGAUUGUGCAGGCAGGGGGCGCCGGUCUGCCUGCAUGGCUUCACUUUGACGAUGUGGCGUGGACGUUCGUGGGCGUCCCGAGCGAACCGGACGUCGGUCACCACUACCUGCUGGUCACCGCCACGGGACCGGCCGGUGACCAGGCCAAGGACGUGUUCGACGUAGAGGUCACGCAGACGGACCAGGAGCUGCACGCGGCGCCGAUGGACAGUGGCGCCCCCUGUGAGCCGGGGGACGCCGCGAGCGUGCUGACGGUGGUGCUGGAUGCGGACCUCCACGCGAUGGCGCCACGCGAGCGCGUCGCCGUCGUCGAGCGCGUGCAGCAGUACGUGAACGUGGCGAGGGACCGCGUGCGUCUGCGCGCCGUCGCAGACGACCAGAAGCUGUUUGACAGCGCGGCCGUCAUGGCGGGUCCGGGAAACGCGCGCAAGCCCGCCCACGGCGGCGUGUUCGUCUCGUGGCAGGUUGGAUGUGGGAAGAAUCCCAGUGUCUACUCCAUCCCGGGUCUAUCCCACAUAGAGGUCAGUUCUCAAGAUGGCCGCCUUGCUGACCACAUAGGCUACCCCGUCAUCGGCUGGCACGUUGCCAGCAGGAAGGUCACCCAGGGUAAGCGUCUGCGUCGUCAGGUGUGGCUUCAGGCGACGGCGACGGCCGGGGUUGCCGUGCCGACGCCGGCGACGCCGUACACAACGCGCACGAUGACGGAUCGUGAGCCAAUGACGAGCCGCGUCAUACCCAGCAUGGCGUCGCCUGGUGUAAUGCGAUUGGAUCCGGACUUCGGAUAA